AAUUGUAAGUAAAUAUAUAUUUGUUUCUGCAGCAGGACGGCGAUGGGACGAUGUCGACCAUGGUGGUGGAGAAACAGAAGCUGGACAACAAAGUGGAGCAGAUGAAAGAAAUAGUGCAGCUGGCAGAUCAGAACAUCAAGAAGCUGGAAGAUCAGCAGGACGAGUACGACUUCAUCGUCGACACCCUGAAGAACAGAGAGAAUGAAAUAAAUGGCAUGACACCGAAGGAGCUGGAGACAGAGAAGAUGAGGGUCCUAGGGAUGUGCCUCGAACUGAAGGCCAAGCGACUGGACGUGGUGUCCCAGCUGACGGAGCUCCUGAACGUCACGCAGGCCUUGCUGUCGGACCUGAUCUCCGAGGAGCUGCCGGAGUGGAAGCAGCGGCAGCAGAUCGCCUGCAUCGGAGGCCCGCCCAACGCCUGCGUGGACCAGCUGCAGAACUGGUUCACAGCAGUAGCAGAGAGUCUUCAGCAGGUCUGUCAGCACCUGAAGAAGCUGCAGGAGUUGGAGCAGAAGUUGACGUACGAGAGCGACCCCAUCACGCAGAAGAAGGCGUACCUGGAGGCCCGAGCCCUGGACCUCCUCAAGAACCUGCUCUCCAACUCUCUGGUU